AUGGCCCUAGAAUCAUCUCCAUCAUCACAACGGCCGUCUCUAGAACGGUACGAGGACGGCCAAGCACGUUUCCAAGGAUGUUCGAAAAUAGGCGACUUCGAGUUUUUGGAAAAGCUGGGUGAGGGUACAUUUGGAGAGGUUUACAAAGCUCGAAGUAAGAGAGAUGGCACUGUUGUUGCCCUGAAGAAGAUUCUCAUGCACAACCAAAAGGAUGGUUUCCCCAUCACCGCAUUGCGAGAGAUCAAACUACUGAAGAUGCUCUCCCAUCCAAACGUGUUACGCUUGCCUGAAAUGGCAGUGGAAAAAAGUGAAGGACGGAAGAAGCCGGUUAUGUACAUGGUCAUGUUCUACCAAGAACACGACCUGGCGGGGCUUCUUGAGAAUCCGAAUGUCCAUUUUACGGAGCCACAAAUCAAGUGCUAUAUGCUGCAAUUGCUAGAAGGAGUGCGCUAUUUGCAUGAGAGUGGAAUUCUUCACAGAGAUAUGAAAGCGGCGAAUCUUCUUAUUAGCAACAAGGGCAUCCUUCAAAUUGCCGAUUUCGGUCUCGCACGCCCUUACGAUGAAAAGCCCCCACAGCCUGGAAGGGGUGGCGGCGAAGCGAAGAGAGAUUACACACCUUUGGUGGUCACAAGAUGGUAUAGGCCUCCGGAGCUGCUUCUCCAACUACGUCGGUAUACAACGGCGAUUGACUUGUGGGGUGUUGGAUGCGUGUUCGGCGAAAUGUUUAAGGGCCGUCCAAUCCUUGCAGGGACUAGCGAUCUCAAUCAAGCACAGUUGAUCUUUUCACUUGUUGGCUCUCCGACAGAAGAGACUAUGCCUGGUUAUACUUCACUUCCUGGGUGUGAUGGUAUCAAGGAUUUUGGAAACAAGCCUGGAAAUCUAAACCAGGUUUUCAAGGAACAAGGACCGUUGAUGAUAUCCCUACUCAGUGAAUUCCUGAAACUCGAUUGGCGGAAAAGAAUCACUGCCGUGGAUGCUUUGAAACAUCCAUACUUUACCAGCCCUCCACUCCCUGCUCGUCCUGGUGACAUACCCCAAUUUGAAGAUUCACAUGAACUUGACCGUCGACAAUAUCGACAAAAGCCGAAACCACCUGCCCCUCCUAAUGGCGCAGCAGUCGAGUUCCUGGUGGUGUACAACGCGGCGGCCCUGCUGCUCGCGGGGACUUCCGUCGAGCUCCUGAUGACGGGCUCCCACCAAAACCCUCCCCAGUCUCACAGCCAGGAUGGCCCAAUCGCAAAAACGACAACCGACCCCCUGACCGCCGCCACGGCGGCCGUGGCGAUGGAGGACGACUUGAUACAUACGUACCCAGAUACGACGGCCAUCACAACAAUAACGCCAAUAACAAUAGCAGCAACAAUAACAGAAACGGCCAGCAUCAUCACUUCGACAACGGCCCUGGUACGGGUUAUGGCGGGCCGGAGAAUAGCCGAUACGGKAACCGAAGUAACAAUUCCAAUUCCAACAAUGCCCGAAGACGAAGUCAAAGUCCGCCGAUGA